UCACAUUUAGUUCGUUUUUUCUUGUUGAACGAGAAAGGUUGUGUUUUAAUUUAAACCAUAAGAAACAGUAAAUAUUAAAUAAUUGCUUAAAAAUGCCAAAUGUACCAAUUAUUACCCAAAACGAUGGAACUAAAAUACCGGCUAUUGGCUUGGGAACAUAUACUUCCUUAGGUGGCGAUUGUGAACGAUCUGUUAGAGAUGCUAUUGAUGCCGGAUAUCGUCAUAUCGAUACAGCUUAUUUUUACGAAAACGAAGAAGAAGUUGGAAGAGCUAUACGUGAUAAGAUCACGGAAGGUGUUAUCAAAAGAGAAGAUAUAUACGUAGUUACCAAGCUAUGGUGCCAUUUUCAUGAUCCAGAAAAAGUAGAAUACGCUUGCCGAAAGUCACUUAAGAACUUUGGCUUAGACUAUGUGGACUUAUAUCUUAUGCAUUGGCCAUAUGGUUAUGUUCACAGGGGAGACAAUGAAAUGUUUCCAACCAAAGCUAAUGGUGAUGUUGAAUUGAGCGACGUAGACUAUGUCGAUACUUGGAAAGCAAUGGAAAAACUCGUUGGUCUUGGUUUGACAAAGAGCAUUGGAGUGUCAAACUUUAAUUCGCAACAGUUGAAAAGACUUUUAUCUAAUUGUACUAUCAAACCAAUUCACAAUCAGAUUGAAUGUCAUCCAGGCUUAAACCAAAAGAAACUAAUUGCUUUGUGUAAGGAACUUGAUUUAAUUGUAACAGCAUAUUGUCCAUUGGGAAGGCCAGAUCCAGCUAAGAAAACACCUUCAUAUUUAUUUGAUCCUAAAGUCCAAGAAAUUGGAAAGAAAUAUAACAAAUCUGCAGCACAAGUUGUUUUAAGAUACUUGAUCGAAAAUGGAGUUGUUCCAAUACCAAAGACCGUGACUAAACAUCGGCUUGCUGAGAAUAUUGAUGUCUUCGAUUUUAAGCUAUCUGCUGAGGAUCAUAAGCAUAUGGACACUUAUAAUACAGGAGAACGUCUUAUACCAAUGGAUCAUGCUCUGAAAAGUAUUCAUUAUCCAUUCAAUAUUGAAUAUUGAAUGAAUUAACUUUCUAUGAUAUCUAUACCAAAAUAAAUAUGUAAUUAUUUUUUCUGUUAAUGUGUAAUAUGUUUUUAAUACAUUUUUGAAUACAAUAAAAAUUAAUCAAAAUA